AUGAAUGCGAAUCUUUCCAAUUUUAACAUCUUUCACUACCCGAGGAUAUACACCGUCGAUGAUUUAGCCGUUUCGGCUAUCGAGCAGAUCUGUCUGAUGGUCGGCUGCAUUAUCAGCAUGGUAUUGGCACUCGUUGGUAACACGUUGGUUAUCGGUGUGUUAAUGUUCAGUACGCGAUUAUGGACAGACCUGAACAUCUUCCUUAUCAAUCUAUCCCUGGCCGAUUUGACGAUGGCUAUCUUCUGUAUGCCAUUUACAUUCCCCACGAUAAUGAAAGGACAUUGGUUAUUCGGAAAAGUCAUGUGCCCAGUAGUACUGUCAUUACAGCAGGUAUCGAUAUGCGUCAGCAUUUAUACAUUGACUGCCAUUGGUAUCGAUCGAUAUUAUGCCGUUUUGUAUCCUCUUAAACUACGAACGACCAAGAACCGAGCAAAAUACGUUGUAUCUCUUAUCUGGUUGGUAUCGAUGUUACUGUCUAUGAUUCCUCUUAUAACAGCCCGCUCCCAAAGUUACGAUCUCAACGAUUUCGUGGAAGUACCGGGUGAUAUUGUUUAUUUCUGCUUUGAGAGAGUCGACCAUUAUUCAGGAAUGGUCUACGAAAUAUCCAUCUUGAUACUUACAUAUGUGGUGCCACUCUGCGUAAUAUCCUUUACGUAUUUUCGCGUUGGGAGACGCCUCUGGGGGAGAAGUUUACCUGGUGUAGCCGAUCGUGCUAGAGACUUGUCGCAGAUGAAAUCCAAGAAAAAAACAAUCAAGAUGUUAGUACUUAUUGUUGUACUGUUCGCUGGUUGCUGGUUUCCACUCCACAUGUUCAACAUAGUUAACCGAAUCGUUCCAGAUUUGUACUACGAGGUAGCCACACAGGAUAUUUUGCGAAUAACUCAGAGCUGCUGCUUAUUCCUGGCCAUGUCAAACAGUUUCAUGAAUCCUUUCAUAUACGGUUUCCUGAAUGGAAGUUUUCGUAAAGAUCUGAAGAAUUUCGUUAUGUGUCGCCUUCGCGUGGUCGUCGACCAUCUACAAGCAGUGACACGACAAAAACGAUACGGGUGA